CACUGCAACCCAGCUGAGCUUCCCUCUCUCUCUCAGGCUGAUCACCAGGAGGGAUAAAAAUCCUUCCUUUUUUAACUCUCUCUUUCCUCGCUCUCCGGUCUUGGAAACCCUGGGCUCGAGCUGUGACACUUCGAAGAUCACAUUCGAGGAGUCCGUAGCUGGAUUGAGGAAAUGUCGUACCCGCUGGAGCAGCAGCAACAGCAGCAACCGCCGCCUUCGCCAGUGUACGAGGUGGUGUCGAGGUCGAGCGGCGGGGGGUCGUACGGGCCGGUGAUCGGCGUUAUUGCCGUCAUCGCCGUGCUCGGCGUCAUUGCCGGGAUCGUGGGGCGGCUCUGCUCCGGGCGGAGGAUAUUCGGGUACGGCUACGACUUCGAGGGGUGGAUCGAGCGCAAGUGCGCCUCCUGCAUCGACGGGAGAGUGGAGCUACGCCCACCUCCGCCGCCGGUGGCUGUGCCGGCGGCGGGGCCUGGUGCGAAUGGAAGCGGCGGCAGUGCGGCGGCGGCGCCGGCGUCAGUGGGAGCGCGGCCGCAGAGGAAGCAGGCGGAGCGGGCGGCGACGACGGCGGCGGCGGCGGCGGCCGAGACCUGAGCGUGUUCUCGAACUGUGUGGGGAAUGGGGUCCUUCUUCCUUAUUCCCUUUUUUUUUUAAAAAAAAAGUAUUUAUUUGCCUUUUCUUUGGUUUA